AUGAGCGAUGAAGAUGGGAAGGCUAGUGGCGGAUUCUUGAUUGAGAAGGAAAGUCUAAAGGCGAACAAGAAGCUGGGAAUUGACGAUUUUGCCGAGGCUAUUGCUAGAAUUGCUGUGGCUCAGGUAUGCGAGAGCUUAGGGUUUCAGAGCUUCCAGCAGUCCGCACUGAACACUCUAUCGGAUGUAGUAGUCAGGUACAUUAGAGAGGUCGGAAGAACUGCAAUUUUUUAUGCCAAUUUAGCCAACAGGAGUGAUGGUAAUGCGUUUGAUGUAAUUCAGGGGUUGGAGGAUUUGGGCUCCAUUCCGGGGUUUUUGGGGGCUUCUGACCCUAGUCAUUGUCUUUCUGGUUCGGCAGUAGUUAGGGAUAUUAUUAGGUACAUUGGAGAAGUAGAGGAAAACCCGUUUGUGUAUUCAAUUCCCCAUUUUCCAGUUGUAAAAGAAAGAAAAAUGAACCCUGGUUUCAAGCAAACAGGCAAAAGCCUUCCCGAGGAGCAUAUACCUGAUUGGUUGCCCAAGUUUCCUCAUCCUGAGACUUAUAAGGAUUUAAUAUUGGGGAAUGAGAAAGAAUUGGAGACUGGGAAUAAUAAUAUAUUACAGCAGGCUGAAGAGCAGAAUAAAAAGUUUGAGAUGCCCCUGUUAAAUAUGCUGCGGAAAUCGAUUUGUAAUGGGUUUGAAGAAGAGGUGUCUGUUGAACAAGGGGAUGCUGCGAAGGCCCAAAAAGCAGCAGAAAGUAAUCCAUUUCUUGCCCCACCUGUUCAGUUUGGGGAAAAGGAGGUGCCUUUGCCUGUUCUUCCUGCUGAAUUUAAUGAUGAGUCAGCAUGGAGACAUCAGAAUCACACAGUUAUGGAUAACCAUGUUUCAGCUGUAGAGCAAUCUGCUCGCAUCACUGAAGGUGUUUGGAGCAGUCUAUGUGAAUCCAAAGGGGACAGGAGAAAUAUUCUCUUGAAUGGGAGGCCUAACGUCCAAUUUAUGUUUGAAAGUAACAGGAAGUCCUUAGGUAAGUCAACCGAUUCUCAAACUGCAGAUACCAAGAGAAUUGCUCUUUGGUUUGGUGGCGAUCAUGAUGAAAAAGAUGAGAAGAAUAGGACAUCGAAGCAAAUUCUCCACGAAAAUGGGGAAAAUCUGCAGGAAAUAGUUCAGUUGUAG